CAUGGAUCGGCGGGAGGCUAUAUCGACCCACCUGCGUGCUGGCGAUGGGCUGUGAUAACUUUGCAUGCGCAGAGUUGCAGUAGCAACCCUCCUGUUUGAAUGGCAAACAAUAGAUGCUGGCAACUCAGGCGCCACUAGAGAAAUCGACUGGCACACCGUCGAUAGCGCGAUUCUCAUGCGCCCGCCUUCGUAAAGCGCACUCCAACCCCGCUAUUUCGAACUAAAUAUAUGCGACGAGACAAAUAUCCAAGCCCAGUGGAAGCCCACGCUAGGAUAUCCUGAGAGCAUUGCGGCAGCUUUUCAUUCCUUCUGACACUGCAAACAGCGGCUCUAGCCCGCCUACUACCAGUACGAGAUGUGUGCAGAGUACGGGAACAGCCUCACUUCAAAAGCAUCCCUCCUCGUCGAUAUGGUUCGCGGACCAUACCUCCCAUUAGCCACUGAGCCUUACCACAUCAACCGCAAAGAACAAGUCUUGGGAAGCCCAAUGCUACACUCCAGUUUGAUGGGGCCAGCCAUGACGCGAAGACAACUUCUUUCAUCUCCAAUUCGCCAUAUGCCUACCACCUACCCUUUGAGAGUCACAAUAUCUCAACUGGGAUUCAAAUGGGGGCUAGCAACCCGCUCUUUCUCGGACUGUAUCCGUCGCUAUUCAGGCAUAUAUCAGUUUUGGGAGGGCUAAUACGAAAUUAUACUCGUAAUUCGCAUCUGAUAAAGGAGCAAGGAAGUCGGCUUCGGCCAGGAAGGGUAUGUACGCUCCCUGUACCAUACACGAAGUACAAGUACCUUUCACUUACCCCCAGGCUCUCCACACGCUUUAAUGGCGUCUCCACUUUAUAUCUAUCGUCAUCUGAAAUCGUACCAUUAUUUACGGGCAAUUUAGGUCAGCGGUAGAGUUCAGAGCAUAAUACCCUG